UUCCAAACCUUCUGUGUACACAAGUUCUUCGAAUCAGAAAAAAAUUGCUGGUACAACAAACCAAAUUAGUGUUUGAACUUUGAAGAGUGAACCGAAAUAUAUAUAUAUAAAACAAAGUAAACGAGGGAGAGGGACCCCACCACGUCCUUUGUUCUUUGUUUGAGAACUAUGUAUUUAUAAUUUAUGCACGACGCUUUCAAUUCAAUUCUUCUAAUUUUUCCACUUUACUCUUUCUUCUCUCGUCUUCAUCACUUUCUUUACGAGAAGAUGGAAAUAGCAUGGAACUCUCAUGGCCUUGAAGUGGCAUACAUGGUUUUAGGAUGGGUUGCUUUCGUUCUUUGGUCUUGCAGUUUCUACCCUCAAUUUCUCUUGAACUUCUCCAGAAAAAGCGUGGUGGGUUUGAAUUUCAACUACUUGCUGAUGAACAACACAAAGCACACGUUGUACCUUAUCUACAAUGCUUCCUUGUACUUCAGUCCCCUUGUUCAGUUUCAGUAUCAUCAAAAAUAUGGCUUUCACCAGAUGAUACCUGUAGCUGCAAAUGAUGUAGCCUUCUCAACACAUUCUGUUCUGAUAAGUGCAGCCAUAUUGUUUCAAGUUGCAAUAUAUGAGCGUGGAAAUCAAACUUUCUCCAGAACUACAAUAGGAUUUGUUACUCUGGUGUGGAUUACUGUUGCGGUUUGUUUCUUCAUAGCAUUACCUUCCCAAUCUUGGCUUUGGCUAAUCUCCAUCUUCAACACAAUGCAAGUGAUUAUGACAACUAUCAAAUAUAUUCCACAGGCAGUUAUGAACUGCAUGCGAAGGAGAACAGAUGGAUUUAGCAUUGGUAUGGUGUUCUUCGAUUUCAGUGGAGGACUGUCAAACUAUGCUCAGAUGGUUAUACAGUCAAUUGAUCAAAAUUCUUGGGUGAAUUUCUCAGGAAACAUUGGCAAAGUGUUACUUUCCCUGGUCUCUAUGUUCUUUGAUAUUGUUUUCAUGAGUCAACAUUUUUUGCUGUAUCAUUCAAAGAUGGCAGCCUCAACACCUUCUUCUAAACUCAACAACACAGUCACAGAGCCCCUCAUCAUGUCUCCUGAUCAGCCAGAGGUAGCAAAUGUGCCUGUGGUUGAAAGGGUUUGAAGGAGAAGCUUGGCCACACUACAUGUACAUUCCAAAGAAUAAAGCAAUAGUUUUGCUAUUUCACUUGUGUUUUAAGCAUGCACAGGAUGAAGUCCCUUUGUAGAUGGCUGAUCCAGUUUUACAGGUUUUCAGUCAGAAAAAAUGGAGAAGGGAAAAUGGAAAAUUGAUUUCUUUUGGUGUCACAAAAGCAUCUCCAAUGCUAUUCAAACAAGCAACUUAGUUUAUUUCUUUAAGUGUGUAUAUAACUACAUACAUAUGGCUAUUUAAUUUUAAACAAAUUACUUAAUUUUCACUCCAAUGUAAAUUUAUAUGGGCAAGUUGCUUAUUAGUUUAUAAUAAUUUGUUUUUUA